AUGGCCGGCGGCGGCGCCGGCGUCGAGGACCUGCCGCCAGACUUGCUGAAGCCCUCUGGGGUGCCGCCCGCCGACGCCUUCGAGCAGCUGCUGAGAUGGUCGGGCACGUCCGGGGAGGCCAUCGCUGCGCUCUCGGAGGAGCUGGGUGGGCUGAGGUGCGUGCGUGACGUGGUGCUGAUGCCUCCGGGCAGGUGGCUGGACGGCCUCCAGGCUGCCCGCGUCAGGCGCGCGGGGGAGCCCGGCGGGCUGGCCGGCGUGCGCCCGCUGGGCGGCGACGAGCGGCGUGCCCUGCUGCGCCUGCGCCGCGGCGCGCGCGUGUCGGUGGUCACUGCCCACCAGACCACCCCUCGGAGGGCUCCGUCUCCUCCUGCUCUUGCCCCCGCUCCAGCUUCCGCUCCAGUUUCCGCUCACGCUCCGGAUGCCCCCCGUGCACGGUCGUGA